AUGUUACAAGUAUCUCCGGAAUUUGUUGGUGCUUCUCAGGUAACUCGUGUUGGAAGAAUUAAUCCUGAAGAAGGCAAAAGUCGAAUAUUUGAUCGACCCGAUCUUCUCAAUAAUCAAACUCGUUUAAUAUUAUCGGCUGAUAUGAAACCAAAACGUUUAAUACGUAGUGCUUCACGACCCAUUUCAGCAGGUCAAAAUCUAAAUCGAAUUAAUUCCGCUUCAACUGCUAUUCUAGAAGAUGAUCUAGACGAAGAAGGUGAAGAAUUAGAUCGUGAUGGGGAUGAUGGUAGUGAAUUAGAUGAUGUAGGUGGGACAACACUUCACCGUCAACAUUCAGCACAAAUUGAUUAUGAUACAGAUAUUGAACAAGAACGAGAGCCACUACGUGAUUUUUCUUGUAAAGGUUUAUAUUUAGAAGAAUGUAGAAAAUAUGGUGUUAUACCGUCGACUCAUUAUUUGAGAAAUUUGAAUAGUGAAUCGUUGAUCAUCCGUUAUUAUGGUAUGAAACCAAUAAAUGUCAAAGUCAUGGUGCCAUCAUUGAAGAUAAAUACAUCAAUUACAAAACUAGAUAUGAACGAGAAUGGUCUAGGUUCAAGAGGAGCCAUAUACAUUGCACAAUUGAUUAAGGAUAACGAAUAUAUAACAGACUUGAAUUUAUCGAAUAACGAUAUCGGAGUACAAGGUAAGACUCUCUUAAGUAUCAAAAAUUUUUUAACGUGA